AUGAGAAGUCUCAUCAACGUUUCCAUCGCCAACCAGUUGCACUUUCUGAUUCAACCUUCUUCCAUCCGUCUCCAUGGUGCAAGUGGUCAAUUCCUCACGAACCUCGGCGAAGUGACUGCCACAGUGACAGCUGACGGACAGACGCUGAACCAGGCAUUCAUCGUGGUCCCACAUCUGGUGGAAGGAAAGUUGCUCCUUGGUGACGAUUUCCUUACUGCAUGCAAGGCUAUGAUCUGGGGCGCAAAUAGCUUCUCCAUUCCUCCGCCUACGACAUGUCAUAAGGUCAUCUUGGUUACGGAGCAGCUGAUACCUCCGCGCUCACGAAAGCUUGUUCAAGCACGCCUGAAGAAUCUCGUCCGAGAACAAUCAACAAAGAUAGAGGUGAGCGGCACAAAAUUGCUCUACGACCGUCUCUGCCUUCUAGUUGAACCCAUGGUUAUGGAUAAGACCGAUAGCACGUUCUACGUACUCCUGGCCAACCCGUCGUCUCGACCAGUGGCUCUACCCUCUGAUGCUACUGUCGGAGUCGCUAGGAGGGUCACAAGUGUCGAAGACAUCGAGCUUAGCGACGACGAAACUGCGCCCAUCUUAAGUUGUUCAAGCCUGCCUUCGUCGGAGAACCUGGAUCGCCCAAAUGCUUCGGAAAGCGUCGGCCCUCAACAUCAACCGCUAUCGGUUGAGGGUGUCUCGUUCAACAUUGGUUCAACGCUGGCACCUGAAGAGCUUCAAAAAGUUCAAGAGCUUCUUGCGAAAAACUUGGCUUGCUUCGCACGAACCAGCACUGACGUUGGAAACAGUCGGCUUGAGCAGCACUCCAUUCCAACAGGUAAUGCGACACCUAUCUCCCAGAGACCACAUCCACUGUCGCCGGCGCAGCGUGAUGUCGUCAAGGCGAUGAUCAAGAAUCUCAUCGAUGCCAAGAUUGUGCAACCAUCGCGCAGUCCCUUGGUUUUAGUCACGAAAAAGGACGGAUGA